CUUCAGUGUUGGACGCAUCUCAUUCCAAUGUUUGUAAACAUUCCCUGGACCCUGAGGCUGAGCUUAUAAGCGAAAAACUGCUUUAGUUGGAAAGUCUUUCGCUCAUUAUGUUCUCUUCAUCUUCAAAUAACCUGAGCAAAGUUCACACAAGUCAAACAAAGUUCAUACAAGAAAGAAUAGCUGGAGUUGAAAAGCAUUUCGGCCAGAUCUGCACUUCCCUUGGGGCCUACACAAGAAAAACAGCACGCCUAAGGGACAAAGGAGAUGAAGUAUCUACAGCCCUUCUACGCUAUGGAGAGGUGGAAAAUCUUAACAAAAGCCUGCGAUCAUCUCUCUGUGAAACUGCAGAUACUUUAGCUGCAGUUCAAGAUUUCAGAAAUGUUGAAGUGGAGAGAUUAGAAUCAAGGGUUGUUGGAGAGCUUGCUUUGUAUGAGGGCGUAUGUAAAUCGGCCCGAGAGGAACUGAAAAGAAGCUUUAACACCAGGCAACAGGAAAUGAACCAUAGAAGAAACCUGGAGAGAGCCAAAGAGCAUCCAGAAUCGACAGCAGAUUUCUGUAUUAACAAUGCUAAUAAUUAUAUUGUUCAUUAUAUUGAUGACAGUACCAAUAUUGCAAUUGCAGAAACGAAGCUCCAGAAGGCCACAGUUGAAGCAAAAAGAGCAUGUGAAAACAUUGAAGAGCAGAUGGACCAGUUCGAACAGAGGAAGGUGACAGAUUUGAAGAGAAUACUGAAGGAGUUUAUUCAGACUGAACUAGCCUUCCAUGCUAAAGCUGUGGAGCUUUACACUAAGGCCUAUAACCAGAUUUCCAACAUAGAAGAAGAGGAAGAUCUUGAGGCUUUCCGAAAUGCAAGAGAUGUCUUUGAUGCGGAAUUCAGAAAUGCCUUGAAGGGAGAUGCUGCAGCAAGAGCUGAAGUGCUCGGAGUUGGAAGAGGGUCCUCCCUUUCUCCCGUUAUAAAGGGUCCUCGAGAAAAAAGCGAGUCCUCUAAAAAGCGAGAUCCAAAGAAAAUGAUGGAAAAAUUGAAGAUAGAGGAUUAUGAAGAAAUCAAUGGAGAUACAACAAGUGAAGAGGAUUAGAUCUGUGUCUAGUAAAAUCCUGGCAUUCUCCCAGUCAUUGUUAGAGUAUAUUAUAAUCAUCAGUAGUGUAUAGCUUUUUUUUCUCUCUCUCUCUUUUUCUUUUUAUUUUAGAGAGAGAGAGAGAGAGAGAGAGAAAGAAAGAAGAAAGAAAGUAAGAAAGAAGAAAGAAAGAAAGAAAGAAGGAAGAGAAGAAAGAAGUAGAGCAGAUUUAUUUAUCCAGAUUUCAGUGUAAUGAAAGAAAUAUUGAAUAUUAGACUUAAUAUUUAAUGUGAAAAUUAUGCACAUAUUUGGAGACAAACCUCAAUUAUAUUUAGUGAACUUGUUUCUCUCUUUUUUUACCAGCCAUACAUAUGAAGGGUUGUAGAAAAGUGAAAUAAGAUGUUAUAUAUAAUAAUAACUGCAUUUUAAGA